AGUGAUUCCGUUUAGUUCGGCGUUUAUCGUCGUGUGAUAUAGACGUGUGUUGUGUGAUUACAGAAUGUGUGCUGCAAUCGACAUGCUGGCCUCCGAAAUGUUCUUUGGCCGCAGCCCACCAGCCGGUUUCCUAAGCGACUACACGCCACAAGUCAGACGGCCAACAAAAUUAACGUCCAGAGGAUAUUCAGCGCCGACGCUAUCGCUGCUCAAACCUGUGCACUUGACGCUCUCGGCGGCGACGAGAUCGUGUAUUCGAAUAUCGAGUGAUAAGAAGAAGAAAAAUGUGGUUUUCGCCGAUGAUAGAGGCUUUGCAUUGGAGCAGAUCAGAUUUAUGACGGAACCAUCGCACGUUCCGCCGUACUGGGCGUUGAAAAUAGUACCAAGUCCACCGCUGGAGAGAAAGCCACCCCCUAAGGUGGUGGACCUUUGGGAGGCGACGUUUCCUCAACCCGCUUCAGAUUAUAUUGGAUUUAGAAGUAGAAUAACAGAAAAAUGUGUUUCAUUAGAAAAUGUGAUAGUAAAACAAAACGAAUGUGCCGUGGAUGGAACUGUUAAAGUAAAAAAUCUCGAUUUCAAUAAGGAGGUGUUCAUUCGUUCUACUGCAGACGGCUGGAGAACUAACGAAGAUACGUACUGCGCGUUCGUGGAGUCUGGACCGCCUUCUGCGAAAGGUGUUCCCACUUAUGACACUUUUGGAUUCCGUCUUCAACUGCCGAUACACUCGAAGAGGUUAGAUUUUUGUGUUUGCUUCCGGUGCAAAGGAGUCGAAUACUGGGACAACAAUAAUGGAAAUAACUACACGAUAUCUAAGUCUUCGGCGAGGGGUUCUUCGGCUAUUUCCUGCGCAAGAAUCAACUAUGGGAACUCGUGGACGGCUCCUACCGACAGUGGGUCUACGCCAUAUUGGUGAACACUCAUAGAAAAAUCUUAGGUGUUCCAUUUCUGAACAAGAUGUGAGGUACGUUGGCACACAUCUAUUUAAUGAUAUAGUACUAUUUUAAUGAAAUGCCAAUACUUGUACAUCUGCAAAUGAAUAUUUGUGAUUUUUCCGAGCUUGAAAAGCUCAAGGUUUUAAAUAUUUUGA